AUGGUUUUGCGGUACACGACCCGUCUUCCGCCACCAACUUUGAUUCAAGCCCAACCAGCCGACGAGGGGCAAACGCAAGGCCGGGAUCUUGAUCCUACCAAGUACAAGGAGCUGCUCAUAAACGCAGAUCGUAUCAUUCACAAUGCGUGGCCCGUCAACUUUAUCAUUAGCGUCUCAUCAUUCAAACCACAUAUCCGAGGCGCGCAUCACCUAGUGGAUUUCUGCAGCAAGGCCUCCAAACGCGUGCCAAUCAUCUUCAUCUCCAGUGCCAGUACCGCCUCUUCAUGGUCAUCAAAUGAGCUUAUGCCGGAGCGUCAGCUAAGCGACUUGGGUCUUGCACAAAUGGGCUACGGCCAGUCCAAACUAGCCGGCAGUCUCAUUCUAGACGCCGCGGCGGAGAUGUAG